ACUCCCACGAUUGACUUGACAUUGGCAAAAUUCAACAAGAGAAGCCAGAAACUUAAAAAAUAGAAGAGAAUUGCGCAAUAUUUAUAAUUUUUUAUCCACGCCGCCGUCAUAAUUCUAUUAUCUAUAAUGUUGUGCAAUUCGGAUUUUAUCAAAUAAAACUGAUGCUAAAAAUUACGUGAUAAGUGAUUAAGUUAGAAGUCACGUAAAAUCUUAUAGAUUAUGAACUAGAUUGUUUUAGUCUUUGCAGUCGCUUCAUUUCGUUUUUGCAUUUCGUAUGUAAAGUCGGAAAUUCUGCUUGUGCGAAGCCGUUUUGCAGCAGUUCGCGAAGUAUAACGUCUGUCUCCUGUCACGUGAUAUAGAUUACUUGUCUAAAGUCAAUAUGGCCUCCUUAAAAGUCGGUCAAGAGGGCAGCAGUGGCCUGGACGAAGUCUACAUUAUACACUUCAACGAUGUUUAUAACAUCGAACAGACCACCAAUACGGAACCAGUGGGUGGUGCGCUACGGUUCAGUACUGCCGUCAAGUUCAUGCAGCAUCUAAAUCCGCUGGUUCUCUUCAGUGGGGAUGUCUUUUCGCCUAGCACUCUGAGUAUCUUCACAAAAGGCGAACAUAUGGUGCCAGUUUUGAAUGAGCUAGGAACACGUUGUGCUGUUUUCGGAAAUCACGAAUUUGAUUUUGGUCUAGACGUCCUAUCCGGCCUAGUAGCACAGUGCAACUUCCCAUGGCUCAUGUCCAAUGUCAUAGACAAUGAAACUGGUCGGACACUGGGCGACGGAAAAUUAACACACACUGUUAUGUGCAAUGGACAUAAAAUUGGACUUAUAGGACUGGUCGAACAGGAAUGGUUAGAAACAAUAGCAACGAUAAAUCCGAAGGAACUUACCUUCAUAGAUUUCUUGCAAGUGGGAUCCAAACUUGCGUCGCAGUUAAAGCAAGAGGGAUGCGAAUACGUUAUAGCGUUGACUCACAUGCGGACGCCGAAUGACAUCAAACUGGCGGAGGGCGACACCGAGAUCGACCUCAUACUGGGCGGACAUGACCACGUCUAUGAAGUUACUAAGGUGAACAACAAAUACAUAAUCAAAAGUGGAACAGACUUCCGUCAAUUCUCGAAAAUCUGCAUAAGCUUUACCGGUGACAGUAAGCAGGUAGACAUCGCCGAUAUUCCUGUCACCAGCGAUUUCCCUGAAGACGAGGUCUUGAAGGCUAAAGUGGAGAAAUAUUCAGCAAUGAUAGAAGGCAAAAUGGAUGAAGUGCUAGGCAAGUUCAGCGUGCCGCUCGAAGGCAGGGUAUCCUUCAUACGACGAGAAGAAUGCAACCUCGGUAAUUGGGUCUGUGAUGUUCUACUCGCAGCUACUGGGGCUGAUUUGGCUAUAUUGCACUCCGGCAUUUUUCGAUCUAAUCAGCUACAUCCUGCCGGUGAUUUUACUCUCCGCGAUCUGACCACAAUAUUUCCCAUGAGAGAUACCGUAGUAGUAGUCGAGGCGACUGGUUCCACAAUACUUCAAGUUUUAGAGAAUGCCGUUAGCAAAUAUCCGAGCCUGGAAGGACGGUUUCCACAAGUAGCAGGAAUAUCCUUCGCGUUCGAUCCAUCAAAACCACCUGGUGAAAAAGUAGCAGAACAAGUAGUGAAGAUUGGAGAUGAAUACUUGCAAAGGGAACAGAAGUACCGGCUGGCGAUCAAACAAUAUUUACACGCGGGAAACGACGGGUUUACUAUGCUACCGAAGUGUAAAUUGUUGGUGGAAGAAGACAUGUGCCCGGAAGUGGGCACCGCGAUCCAGAACCACUUCGCGGCGAUCAACGUGCGCACGGGCAAGUCGCGCCACUCCAAGCACCGGCAGUCACUCGUCACCCUCAGCAGGAGGAUAACCCGCCGAGCGUCGUUAGAUGAUUUAGAACAACAGUCUUGCGAGCUCGCACCUAAGGUCGAGAAUCGCAUUAUAAUCCUUGACAGUCCAGAGGUAGCGUAUACAAAAAUUAAAAAGUAACGUUCAAAAACUCAUUCGAAUAUUUUUCGACUUCCUUUCAA